AUGGAUUCAGAUCGCUACAAAGAUGUUGGCGAUUCCCAUGUCGCGUGCUUUGUUCCACAGCUUUAUGCGGCUGAGCUCCUUGCAAAAGCUGGUUACCGUCUUUGCAUUGUCAGCGACUUUGCAGUCAGAGUAUAUGGCCUGGACAAUAUGAUUGCGGCUGAUCUCGUUUUUGCUAUAUGUGAUGAUCAGAUCUCGGACGCUGCCGCGUAUCUUCUUUCCCAUGACUUCAAGAAAGUGCCUUUUGAACGUCGUGGCACAGAGACUGUUGAGGACGAUGCCAAGACUCUUGUCGACCAAAUUGUGACCGCUCGUGUGCAGCCACGCUACCUUGAACAUUGCCAUAUGCAAUGGAUCUACUCUGGGAUGAUCGUAUUAUGUCCUGAGGACCUACGAGAGCGUCUACCACCUGAAAAUCAGUUCUUCAUCAAAUACUUUUACAAAAUGCUAUCUCAUUCUGAUCGAGCAGACAUUUGCCGCUUGAGACAAGCUGAUUGCCGAGCUCAAGUCGAAGCUGCCACGACCAAGCUAUUGGUUACCUCCUACCCCGCGAUGGCCAACCCCAGUGUUGAUAUCACCGCGCGAGUGUUGCUCGCCAUGGCAAAUGUGAAAAGUGAAAAUGUGAUAGAGGCAAUUAACAAACUGGCAUUGGUUGAAAAUAUCCCUCAUUUCAUUGUUGUUGGUGGAGGGGCUAUGCGCCUCAUGGGAAAUGAGAGGCACACAGCGGACAUCGACAUUCUGAUAGAGUCGUCAGAAAGAGACUCUUUCCUCGCCUACCUACGAAAACACAAGCACUUAGUACGAGCGGAUAAUAGAACAGCCGUCCAGUUUGAUAGCUCCAUCGAACCCGUACCAUUAGAUGUCUUAGUCGAGCUAGCCGGCGGCCUUCGUUAUGGCGAUGUGAAACACCUUACCGCGCCGUGCCACUCCACCACAAUCCUACGUCCGGAUAUUGCUUUGGGGAUAAAAAUACAGACGUGGUAUCUGAGAGAAGAUGAUGAGCAUGGGGAGCAUAAGUCACGUGGAAAUCUCUCAACUGUGAGAGGACAGCAGUUCCUUCCUUCCGUGUAG